UUAAGUUUGGCGUAAUAGCACGCAGUUUCUGCUAUUCCGGUAAUUUAUUUUAGAAAGCCGCGAUGGCGUCAAAAGGUCACGACAAUGGCGCAGUGAACGCUUCCGACCGAAAAACGAAGAAGAAGAAACUCGACGUUAUCUUGCAGGAACUGGCUAACGAAAAAGCUUCCAGGAUCAAAAUGAGUAAGCAAUUAGAAGUUGCCAACGAGACAAUCAGAGCUUUGCAAACAAGUCUAACAGCACCUCGUAGCGAAAGUUUACAUAGCAGUGAUUUCGUAAGAGAUAACGGUCCUACCAGUACUCCGCAGCAUUGUAACGAUGUAGAAGCGGAAACAAACAGGGUUGGAUUUCCCGUUAACCUUGACCCCGUAAGUACUCCGCUUCAGGGAAAUUCGAUGGGAAUGGAAAUGUCUCGGUUCAUGUCUUCGAUGAACCAAAUGUCCGUUACUUCCAUCAACGUUCCAGAGUGUAAGCCUGCCUUCGCUGGUGAGCAAAUUGGGCGCCGUGAUUAUGAAUCGUGGAUUGAUCUUCUAUCCGACACUCUGAAACUAGCGGGGGUACAGGACGAGCGUACAAGGUUCAUCGUUUUCAAGGUUAAGGCGGGACCGGUUCUCUUGGAAAUCUUCAAGAAUACAAAGUCGAGUGCCGAAGCCCCAAAUGAAGUGACUCUUCCGUUUUCGAAUGCCCUGUUCAGGAUGAAGACGUAUUUCGGGUCAGCUUCCGACGCUAUGCUCCAACGCCGCAAACUCGCACUCAUUAUACAGCGUUCGGAAGAAACGGAUUUGGCGUUUGUUAUGAGAGUUGGUUCCACAGCCCGCCUGUGUGACUUUCAGGAAGGAAAAGAGUUCGACGAGAUCGUGAAUGCUGUUGCCGGCCAUGCAAGCAACAAGGACGUAAGGGCAGCGGCCCUCAAGAUGGUCAAUCGACCGGGGACGUUCACUGAUUUGGUGAACGUGGUUCGUGAAAUCGAGGCGGUAGCUAUGAAUGAAGAAUACUACCGGUUGAAGCAUGGUAAGCCUGAACCAGCUAAAGUGGCGGCUGUUGGUAAUCCAUAUCCAAAAGCAGGCCCAUCAAGACGUGGAGUUUAUCGGCAUCCAGCGUCAACUCGGGGAAGGUUAGGACAUCCGUACGCUGGACCCUUCAGAACCGGAUCUCGAUUGCCACCAGAUCAGAGGAGAUUUGGAAACUCUCAAGGAAAUGAGUCAUACAGCUGUUACAGAUGCAAUGGUACCGACCACCACGCAGAUGGCUGUUUCGCAAUUGAUACGACAUGUUUCAAAUGCGGACGUAAAGGUCACCUUAAGAGAGCAUGCCGUCCACCAAUCAAGAAGGAAAAUCAUCGCAGAUCCGAAGGUGUUAAUCCGGAUAACACUGUUGGUAAGAUUGCUUCGAUCGACUUGAAUCCGGUGGCCGAGGCUGAUGAGAAUGCUGCUGAGGAUGGGUUGCAUAUUGCAACACUUUUGAUGCCAAAAACUUCGACGGAUGAUGGGAUAAUUACGGCAAAGGUUGCAGGAUUAGAGUGUGAGUUCCUUAUUGACUCUGGAGCCCAAGUCAACACUCUAACACAUGAUCGCUUUGAUUUAUUGCGCAACGAUCGUAGAUACAGAAAGGAAUUGUUCAAUAUACAGUAUAGUACUGACCGACCGUUGAAAGCAUAUGCGACGGAAGAUGAAAUACCAGUUACGUUCACUUUUGAGGCUUUUCUGCAUAUAUCAGACGACCGUCCAAGUUUACUAGAAAAAUUCUACGUUGUCAAGGAAUGUAGAUCGUUGCUGGGAAGAUCAACUGCUACCCGAUAUAGCGUUCUGUUGCUAGGUCUACAAGUACCUGUUAACUCAGUAAAGUCUUCGACACACUCGUGGUACGAUCCACGUGAGAUUGCAUCGGUUACGAUGGACGAAGUUUUUCCAAAAUUUAAUAUCCCGCCGAUACAGUUGAGCUAUGACCAGACCAGGCCGCCUUGUCGCAACGUUUUCAUGAAUAUCCCGAUAGCCGUUAAACCUAUGGUUGAGAAACGGUUGCAUCAACUCCUCGCAGCGAACAUCAUUGAACGGGUAACACACGAAAUGGAGGAUACAUUUUGCUCGUCGAUGCUGGCUAUACCUAAGGGCAAGGACGAUAUCAGAUUAGUGAUAGACCUCAGAGGCCCGAAUAGCUACAUCCAAAGAUCUCCAUUUGCCAUGCCAUGUCUAGAGAAGAUUCUGGCGGAACUAGAUGGUGCGCAGUGGUUCUCGACUAUUGAUAUGUCCAAUGCGUUCUUUCACAUUGAACUUCACGAGAACAGUCGCCACCUUACAAACUUCUGCACGGAGUUUGGAAUGUACCGGUGCGUAAGGCUUCCUUUUGGAUUAUGCAACGCACCAGACAUUUUCCAGGAGGUACUUCAGAGGAAAAUUCUGGCGGGUUGUAAGGGAGUAAAGAACUAUUUAGACGAUAUCCUCAUUUUCGGAAAAACACAAGAAGAGCACGACGAAAACCUUAAUACGGUAAUGGCGUGUCUGCAAGAACACAACGUAAAAAUAAACGCUUCGAAGUGUGUUUUCAAGAGCCAAUCGGUCAGGUUCCUGGGUUUUAGGCUCACUGCAAACGGAUGGCAGAUCGAAGAGGAGAAGAUGAGCGCCAUAAGAGAUUUCCGUAGGCCAGAAACGGUAGCGGAAGUAAAGAGCUUUCUGGGCCUUGUAACAUUCGUCGAUAAGUUUGUGCCACAUCGAGCAACCAAAACUGAAAAGUUACGAAUGUUGGCCAACUCCAUUAAAUUUUACUGGUCCGAAGAAGAAGAACGGGAGUUUCAAACGUUCAAGUGCGAAGCAUUGGAGGCAAUUAAAACUCUCGGAUACUUCAAUACCGCUGACAAAACAGAACUUUUCGUUGAUGCGUCGGCUAUCGGCCUGGGAGCAGUCUUAGUGCAGUUUAACGACAAUGGAAUACCGAGAAUCAUCGCAUGUGCUUCGAAAGCAUUAACAGCAACUGAGCAGAGAUAUCCGCAGACCCACCGAGAAGCUCUGGCUGUAGUAUGGGGCGUGAAUCGCUUCGCGUACUAUUUGUCCGGAAGGACUUUCAUUAUACGGACGGAUGCCGAAGCUAACCAAUUUAUUUUGGAGGGGAACAUCGGAUUGGGAAACGAGCAGUUUCGCGAGCAGAGGCGUGGGCGUUACGCCUACAACCUUUCGACUUCACGAUUGAGCGAGUUCCUGGCAAAGAUAACGUUGCGGAUGUAUUAUCAAGGCUGA